CUGCAAAACUUACUGCUGCAACAAAAGCGUGCUGAUAGGAACUGGGAAGCGUUAGAUCCGAGUUGUUCAGUAUACAGGAACGAAGCAUUACAUGCGAUUAUGGACCGUGUUUGCGAGAUGUGUCAUGAAAUGUUCUCACAUGAACAGAACAGCCUUCGGUCAGAAUGCAGAAAAAACUGCUUCCGGAACAUCAAGUUUCGUCAAUGCCUUGAGCUUUUUUCACCGUUGUCCAGCGGUACUUCACGACGUAGUGUUCCCGACGAACAUGAAGAUAGCAGCGAGCCGAUUUCACACUACCACUUAUUAGAACACUAA